GAUGCCCUGUCUUUCAGUUUCUCGGGACUUGGAGCAAACACUAACAGUUUUUAAAUUCUAAUUUUUCAAUUAUAUGUAAAAAAAAAAGCCUUAGCCCAAAUGGUCUUCCAUAGGUUGAUCUGUAAACGUUCAGCGCUUCCGCUGAUUGGUGGAGUGGCGCAUGCGCGGCGCAACCAAAAGAAAGAACAGACUGAUGGGAACAGGAAGUCCAAAAUGGCGAUGGACGGAAUGAUGUCUACGUCCUCGGGUCUAUCUUAUCACAAUGCCGGGGACUUUUACCCGAGAAAGUUCGGCCCGAAGCCGGACGUGGUGCCGUCCGGGGUGACGGAGAGGAAGGUGGGGCCGCUGGAUAAACCGGACAUGGUGUCGGUGGAUGUCCUCAACAUCAAGGAUUCAGACGUCCCGAUGCACAGGAAGAAGCACGAGCACGACACCUACGUCCUGGGGACUAUUCACCCGUUCAGGAAGACGCACAGAUCCAUCUUUGGGAAGCUUCUGCAGGAGUUCAGGCUGGUGUCCUCAGACAGACGAUCGUGGAGGAUCCUGCUGUUCGGGGUGCUCAACCUGCUGUGCACCGGCUGUCUGCUGAUGUGGUGCAGCUCCACCAACAGCAUGGCUUUAACUGCCUACACGUACCUCACCAUCUUUGACCUCUUCAGUUUGAUCACCUGUCUCAUCAGCUCCUGGGUGACCAUGAAGAAACCCAGCCAGGUCUACUCGUUUGGGUUUGAAAGACUGGAAGUUUUGGCAGUUUUUGCCUCCACUGUUCUCGUCCAGCUGGGAGCUUUGUUCAUCCUGAAGGAAAGUUCUCUCUCCUCAGCGGCUAGCAGCAGUUGGCUUCAGGAGCAUGUGGCAGAUUUAAGUCGAAGUUUGUGUGGCAUCGUUCCAGGCCUGAGCAGCGUGCUGCUGCCUCGCAUGAACCCCUUUGUCCUGAUCAACAUGGCGGGAGCUCUGUCCCUGUGCAUCACCUACAUGCUCAUCGAAAUCAACAACUUCAACGCAGUGGACACGGCGUCUGCGGUCGCCAUCGCCCUCAUGACCUUCGGCACCAUGUAUCCCAUGAGCGUGUACAGCGGCAAAGUGCUGCUGCAGACCACGCCCUCCCACAUCAUCGGGCAGCUGGACAAGCUUCUGAGAGAGGUGUCGACUCUGGACGGGGUGCUGGAGGUCCGAAACGAGCACUUCUGGACUGUUGGCUUUGGAUGUCUGGCUGGCUCCGCCCACGUCCGGAUCCGCCGCGACGCCAACGAACAGCUGGUUCUGGCUCACGUCACCAACCGGCUGCUGCCGCUCGUCUCCACGCUGACCGUGCAGAUCUUCAAAGACGACUGGUCCCGGCCCCUCCUCACCGGGGCCCUCUCCUCCUCCUCGUCCUCCUCGCCCGCUGCCUCCCCGCUGGGUGCUGCCGAUGGCUACGCCGCCCUCGCCUCAUCGCUGCCUCCUCUGCUCUUGUCCCCGGGAGGAGAGUUCGACCCGCUGACCUCCACCCCCUCCAAACCCACCAGCCCCCCUCCGGAGUUUUCCUUCGACACUCCGGGGAGGAACGUGCAGCCGAUGGUCCUCGCCGCUUUGGGACACCACACCCACAGGCCGUACGGAGGCCUGGGACUCUCCUACGGGUCGACCCCCUACACAGGGAUGCUGAAUCAGGGCCUGGCGCGGCCUGGUGGCGGGAUGGGACUGGGCACACAGGGUCUGGGGGUCGGGCUCGGACUGGGCGUGGGCAGCGGCGGCGGGCCGUCCUCUCAGAGCUACAGAACUGCGUUUGGCGGGUCGACGGCGCCGCUGCGCUUCGGAAACCCUCUGGCUUCACAGUCGCAGUACCGACAGUACCGGCCGUGACCGCUCCGGCGGGUUCAGGACUUUCGGGUACUCGAAAUUCAUUUGUGACGGUCGGCUCCUCGGGAACGUCGAGU